AUGGCGGCAUUGACUUCGACUCCCGUCAAUACUGUUAGCCGAGAACAUUUGACAGUAUUAAUUAGAAAUAACAUCAUGAACGAGUCUACGGAAUUUGUAUCCGACAGCGACAAGAUGGAAAACGAUUCCCCGAUGCGGAAGGUAGUCAAUCUUAAGCCCAUUACAAAGAAGCUAUUUCAUUCUCCGAUGGAAAGUUCCAGUCCGCAGAAGGCGACGUUUUCGUCGCAAGCGGAACGCAUAAGGCAACUCAAGAGGAAAUCCAGACGAAGAAGUCUUCUCCCGGGAGAGGAAGAUAAAAUCAAAAGAGCGUACGUGGCCGAAUGCGACAGGGACAGGUUUAGCCCGAACCAUUGCGAGGGAAUGAGAAAAAGAGUGUUGAUCAGCUGGUUUCACAAUAAAGAAUACACGAUGGAGUUUUGCGAUUAA